GACAGAAGAAUAACCUGAAAGGGAAAGGGAAGAGGACGGAUAACUUGUGGACAUCCAUCACUUCUCAAAAAGAGGAAAAGCAAGCACUAAGUCCUCCGGGUGACCAAGAACCCAGCUCUAAUCCUGGAAGCAGCAUGGAUACGCAGUUUGUCUACGACAUUUUAGGGGAAAAUGCCUGGUCAUACAUCAGUGCUACCUUCGUGGUGGUGUGGAUUAUCGUGUGGCUGUACAGAGACAGCCUGGAGAUCGAGGACAUCACUGACAAGUAUGUCUUUGUGACCGGCUGCGACUCUGGGUUUGGGAACCUGCUGUGCAAGAAGCUCGAUCGUAAAGGUUUCCGCGUGCUGGCCGGCUGUCUCACAGAAAAGGGAGCUGAUGACCUGAAGAGAUCGGCGGGGCCUUAUUUGAAAACUGUCACGCUGGAUGUCACCAGUCAGGACAGCAUCCAGAGAGCCAUGGAGUGGACCAAGAAGGAGGUUGGCGAUAAGGGACUUUGGGGUAUCGUGAACAACGCCGGACGCUCGUUACCCAUGGGUCCUUCAGAGUGGAUGAAAUUGGAGGAUUACCACUGCACACUGAAAGUCAACAUGAACGGAGUGAUUGCCAUGACGAUGACCUUCCUGCCCCUCAUCAAAAAGGCUCGAGGCCGUAUUGUAAACGUAGCGUCGGUGCUGGGCAGGGUGGCUGCCAACGGUGGCGGAUACUGCAUCUCCAAGUUUGCAGUGGAGUCUUUCUCUGACUGCCUCAGGAGAGAUAUAAACUACUUUGGAAUCAACGUGUGCAUCAUUGAACCCGGGUUUUUCAAGACCGCGGUUACGAGCCUGGACCCCCUCGAGAGGGAGCUGCACCGCCUGUGGGACCAGCUCAGCCCUGAAGUACAAGCCAGCUAUGGAGACAAGUACCUGGAUAAAUACAUCAAGGUGCAGCGUUUGAUCAUGAACGCCAUCUGCGACACAGACCUCACCAAGGUGACCAGCUGCAUGGAGCACGCUCUGACGGCUGCCUACCCACGCACCAGAUACAGCCCUGGCUGGGAUGCCAAGCUUAUCUGGAUCCCCCUCUCUUACAUGCCUUCCUGUGUAGUUGACAUUGGACUGAAGCUGGUGCUGCCUCGCCCGUUAAAGAGCGUGUAACUCAUGAUGACUUUAAAGAAAUGUCUUCAAAGUUAUCAGCCGUUUUAUGUCACAUCGUGUCAUUUUGAUGCAGUGAUGAGGUUGGCUUAAAGAAAAAAAAUAUUUUGCCUUUUAAAAUACCCAUAUUCCUUAUCUACAUUGGCCAAGGAAUGAUCCAAUGUUGCUGUUAUUAUAUUUAUAUGUGCAUCAUCUUCCAUGUAAAACAUUUUUUUUUCUUUUUUUGAGACAUUUAGAAAUUAUGAAAGAAAAUAAUUAAACUGUAUUGUAUAAUGGACUGUUGACUGUUAUUGCUUUGUUUGUUUGUUAACACUAUGGUUUGCCUUUUGACACUGUUAAUUACGUUUAAAAUCAGAAACAUUAGAGCAAGCAAAGCUUUACCAGCAUUAGGAUCAGUCUUCCUGCUUAUAAUUAAUAUCGAUUUAUACUCUGCAACAUUUAACUUGUACCAGGCGGUGCUAAAAAGUCACAGAUGGUUGUGUAAAAACACUAAAAGUUGUGUACUGUAUAUAAAUAUCACAGUCUUCAUCCCACACUGAUAUUAUAUAAGAAUUUAAAUCACCUUUGUAAUAACUAGAUUUUUCGGGUUAAUACAUUAUUUGUGUAGUUUUAAUAUAUUUAGUGAGAUCUUCAAAAAUAACCUGUUGCACAUUUUUGUUUAGUCAUAUUUAAUUUACUUUUAUUUGUCUUGAUAACAUGUGUUGUUGCAGACGGUUCAGUGAAGCUAUCAGUUCAGUUAGUUAUUAUCAGUUAAGCCACUUGACAGAAUGUACUGAACCGUUCAGCUGCUGAUGAUCAUCAUAAUAAACUGAGGUGGCUUGUUGGCUGACCAUGUGUAGUUACACAACAGCUCAAAGGCUUUACUUAAAUGUCCCUCAAUCGGCUAGUUAGUCACAGGUGUGAGGUUAUGUUGUGAUUCCAUCAUAGCUAAAGAAGGCUACUGCUUACUACUCUGAUAUUGUUGGUCUGUUUCAUUCAUAACACUGAAUUAUGUGGUUUAAAGGUCCCAUAUUAUGCUCAUUUUCAGAUUCAAACUUGUAUUUUGUGUUUCUACUAGAACAUGUUUACAUGCUGUAAAGUUA